AUGGUUAGAUUUGAAACACAAGAUCGUGAUGAUAACCCAUUCAAGUUAUCUCCACGUUUCAAGAACAAGACUAUCGUCGUAAAGAGAGAACCAAGACAUUGUGGUGACAUCAUGACUGAAUACGGUGUUUGUCUAUCUGCUAAUAACUUUGAUAUCUCAAAGUGUACCGAUGAAAUGAAGGCUACUGAAAGAUGUGUAAAGGAACUUAACAAUGCAGAGGUGAUUAUCUUUUUAUUAACAUACUUUCUCAAAUUACAAUCAAAGAAACAACCACAUCGUACAUCACCAUUCAAUUAUCAUCUCAGACGUGUUAUUGCUAACAAGUACAGAGUUCCACUCAGAUAA